AGCUCACAGUUUUGUCUGCACAAAUACCCCUCAAAUUUUUCUGCUCAUUCCACCAUUGUUAAUAAAGUCUCCCUUUUUCCUUCUUCUACAUGCCGGAGCCGUUUUCUUGGUGGGUCUGGUGAAGAGAGAAAGAGAGAGAGAGUUUUAGAGAGAGAAAGUAUUUUAGAGAGACAGAGUUUUUUUCUUUCAGACAAAAAUGGUUAUAUCAGAUGAGAACAAUUCUGUUCAGAUUAAACCCACAAAUGUACAAGAAAUGAAUGGGAGGAAGUUUGGAGCUGAGAUCAGAACAAACAGAAGGGCACUAACUGCAAUUAAUCACAAUUUAAGAGGCCCUAAUAAUCCCUACCCUUGUCUUGUUAACAAGAGAGAUUAUCCAGAGUCAAAUGGGAUUUGUGACAACAAUCUUCCAUUACAAUCACAUAGACCAAUCACAAGGAAAUACGCCGCCCAAAUCGCCGGCUCCCGACAUAACUUUCCGGAGGAAACAAAGAAACCAAAGACAUCUUCAUCAACAAAUGAGUUUAGUGUGUGGGAAGAUAUUCCUCUUACAGAUUCAGAAAAAGACCAUCCUGUCCCUAUGUCGUUGGAACAUUCCGAUUUCGAAAUUAGUGACAAAAAUCAAAUGGAGGAGGUUGAAAUGGAAGACAUAUUCGAAGAGAGCGUUGUCGACAUCGACGGUUGCGAUGCAAAGGAUCCGCUUGCCGUUGUCGAAUAUGUCGAUGAUUUAUUUGCUUAUUACAAGAAAAUGGAGAGUUCGAGCUGCGUUUCACCGGAAUAUAUGGCACAGCAAUCCGACAUUAACGAACGAAUGAGGGCAAUUCUCAUUGACUGGCUCAUCGAGGUGCACCACAAAUUCGAACUUCGUGAAGAGACGUUGUUUCUAACAGUAAAUAUAAUCGAUCGAUUCUUGGCAAAGCAAUCUGUGGUUCGAAAAAAGCUGCAGCUUGUGGGACUUGUUGCCAUGCUUUUGGCAUGCAAAUACGAAGAAGUUUCGGUUCCCGUGGUCGAUGAUUUGGUUUUCAUUUCGGACAAAGCUUAUUCGAGAAAAGAAGUACUCGAAAUGGAGAAAUUGAUGCUUAACUCAUUGCAAUUUAAUAUGUCUGUUCCGACUCCUUAUGUUUUCAUGAGACGAUUCCUCAAAGCCGCUCAAUCGGAUCGAAAGCUCGAGCUACUUUCGUUCUUCUUGAUCGAGCUUUGUCUAGUGGAAUUCGAAAUGCUGAAAUACCCACCGUCUUAUCUCGCUGCCGUUGCUAUAUACACCGCACAAUCGACUCUUUACGGGGUCGGUCAAUGGAGCAAGACUUGCGAGUGGCACACUGGCUACUCAGAAGACCAACUCAUGGAAUGCUUGGCUCUGGUGGUCGGUUUUCACGGAAAAGCGGCGAACGGAAAACUAACGGGGGUACACAGAAAGUACAACACAUCGAAGUUCGGAUACGCUGCGAAAUGUGAGCCUGCACAUUUUCUAGUACAAAUGCACAGUUUAUAACUAAUUAACUACUUUAUGUGAUUUUGCUGUAAUUUGGUGAUGUUGUUGUUGUUGAUGAAAAUACACUAAAGAAAAAAUUGGAGGGGGGGAAAAUUGAAUUAGGAUUAAUUAAAAACCAAAAUAAGCAGUAAGAAGCAACUUUUGGUUGCCCCGGGGUGGGGUGGGUUUAUUAUUCUAUUUUUUUUUUAAGAAAGUUACUUUACAAUUGAUUUACUUACUUGUAAUGAAAUAAGGACAUAUAUUUGUUAUUUGGGAAAAAAACAUUUUUCCCCAUGUAAUUUCUAAUAUAAUUUUCUCUUUCUUUG